CACAGAGGAGCAGCUGCCGCGUGAUUUCAGUCUGUUGUAACCCUGUUUUGUUUGGUGCAUUACAUAGCGGUUAACCAGUACCGUGCCUGAAGAAACAUGCGUUCUAAAAGUUCCUGACGACAAGAGACGUAGGAAAAGCUUACCAGUAUCCCCGUCCCAUGUUACAGGCCUGGCGCCACAAGAUCGUCGGCGCUGUUUUGCGACGGUGCGGCUACUGCUACUACUACCGCCGCGUGGACUUUCGCGGCCUCGCGACAACAGCAUCGUGCACGGGCGGCGAUCGCGUGUCGCCGCGAACCAUGAAGCUCGAUAGCCCACAGUUCCGCGCGCUAUUCACGCCCGAAGUGAAGGAGCUUGUGGACAUCUUCAAGCGGCAUGGCCACGAGCUACGCAUCGCCGGCGGCGCCGUCCGAGACCUGCUCAUGCACAAACAGCCGCACGACCUGGACUUCGCCACUACCGCGACGCCGACCGAGAUGAAAGAGAUGUUCGACAACGAAGGCGUGCGCAUGAUAAACAGUCGAGGAGAAAAGCACGGCACCAUAACGGCGCGCAUCAACGACAAGACAAACUUCGAGGUCACGACUCUGCGCGUGGACGUGGUGACGGACGGUCGUCACGCCGAGGUAGAGUUCACCACCGAUUGGCACACGGACGCAAACAGACGCGACCUCACGGUCAAUGCGCUCUUCCUCGGCCUCGACGGCACGGUGUACGACUACUUCCACGGCCUCGAAGACCUGGAGAAGAGGCGCGUCGCGUUUGUCGGGGACCCCGCGCGGCGAAUACAGGAGGACUACCUGAGGAUACUGCGCUACUUCCGUUUCUACGGACGCAUAGCCGUGGAACCGGACAGUCACGAACCGGAGACGCUGACCGCGAUUCGAGAGAACGUCGGCGGUCUCGCACGCAUCUCGGGCGAACGAUUGUGGACGGAGCUCAAGAAGAUACUCGUCGGCAAUUUCAACAAGGAGCUCGUGUGCCGCAUCGUCGACGUCGGCGCCGCACCCUUCCUGGGCCUACCGGACUCUCCGGACUUGCACGAGUUCUGCAAGGUCUGCGACGCGUCGAGACCACUCGAGCCGCAGCCUACGACCCUUCUGUCGGCGCUGCUGCAGAACGAGUUGGAGGUGAUGAACCUGCACAACCGGUUGAAGCUGUCCGCGUACGAACGCGACUUGGCUCUGUUCGUAGUCGCACACAGGGAGCACAAGAAGUCCUUCGAGGACCGCUUGAAACCCUUUCAGGCCCUGCUGUUCACUACCAAGGGCAAGGUCGGAGACGUCCAGGAGUGGAUCUGCGAGGUGCUCAAGUACCGCGCGGACGCCGAACUUCUGGAACGAUUCAGGUGUUGGGACGUACCCAAGUUUCCCGUGAACGGCAACAUGCUCCUCGAGCGGGGCCUCAGGAGCGGGCCCAAGUUUGCGACGGUGCUGGCCAAGCUGAAAGAGAUUUGGUUCGACAGCGACUUCACAAUGACUGCAGAAGAGCUCCUUGAGAAGCUUCCAGACAUUCUCGCCGAGGUCAAAACGAGUAAAUCGAAAAAAGCUUAAAGUUGUUUCUGUUGUAGAUGAAGUGGGCCAUGGUUCGAGGCGAGCUGUGAAUACGCAGUUGGGCAGCAGCUUCUGGAGCGAGUUUCAGACUCCCUCACAGAUAUUGAAAAAAAGCAUGUGUGUUGUCAGUGGCGAUAGGCCUGGGCAAGCUGAAAGUGGUUCACGAGCAACUCUAGCUGCUGCCCUGAAGAGUUUCUCAAGAAGCUUCCAGAAGUUUUGUCACAGGUCAAAACAACAAGGAGAGAAAAGCACAUCAUCUCGUGCGUUCUUGUCCACGAUUUCACAGAAAACUCACCAGAAGUGCUGUAGAGACACUAGCUUUAUUCCAUGCCAGUUCGCACAAAUCAUUUGCAAGCUCUAAUGCAGCCACGCACACCACUCAGAAUGACUGGAAAAAAAAAAAAAAAAGGUGCGUGUAGUGGCAUGCCAUACCAUUGCUUCCUUCCUCAAAAGAACAAAACAAAUGCAGCUCCUUUUCCUAGUCCCAAAGACUAUUCCUUUCAAUAAAACUCUACGCAUUCCUCCUAUAAGCUCUCCUUCAUUGAGCACUCUAUAACCUGUACACAAGCCUUGGCUUGGCUGCAGUCUCUUUGGGACGCAGCCGCAGCCUUCGCAAAAACGAACUCCCGAGAACAUGGCAAUAAAUAAGCGAGCAUCGUCGUAAAACACUGCAACAACUCUCUCUUAAAGAUAGGCACACUAUGCAUUGUACUUCAAGAUGGAUAAAGGGGUCAGGGGGGGGGGG